GUCCAUCAAUUUCGCUGAACGUCUUCGUAGGCUCUAGAGCUGAAGACGUCUCAGAGCAGCUCUCGCAGCUCCCACUGCCCUUCGAGGCCGACUGGCCGACCAGCAUCAUGCAGGCAGCAGUGGCUGUUUAUUUGACCGCUUUCCUGGAUGAGGCAGGUGUGGCCUUCGAGUUCUUGCAAAAGCGUUGGAGCCUGGUGGAGCUCAGAGAGGAGCCGGACGAGACUAGUUGCGGAUCCGCUCCAGAGCGAGACCGUGUUCGACUGCGAGGGAAAGAUGCAGCAUCUCGAGUCAAGGUGCUGCCAAAAGACCACCAGUUGCCUGUCGUUCUGGACUAUGCUGACGAUGUGAUGAUCGGGGUCCUAGAUGCUUCUUGCAUCCCCGGCUUUCUGCGCAAGUGCAUGACGCCUGCCACCGACGACGGACUGCCUUGGAAAACCAGCCUCGCUAGGGUGUGCGUGUCUUUCUUUGAGCACAACACUGUAGCACGAUUUCUAUCAGACUCAUGGGCUUCCAAGAUCCCUUUCGCCUUUGAGGUCACUCGGCUGGUGGCACGACAUGGGCUGACUUGGGAGGCCUGCAGCUGCAGCUAG